GCGGCGCGCAGGCGCAGUGCAGGCCCCAGCCCCUGGCGCUCACCUGGACGCAGCAGCGGCUCCGCUGGCUGGAGGGGCGCGCUGAGGAGAGUCCGGCCGCCCGUCCCGCGGCUUCCCGCCCCACGAGGUGUUUCCAUUUCAAGAAACAUUAUUGUGACCAGCUUGAUGCUAAAGAACAUCUUUAACAGAAGUUUUUAUAGAUGUGAUAAACUUUUACCAGAAUGGCUCACAUAAUAUUAAUACUAAGACGAUUGUGUAAGAAACUGUUUUCCCACUGGAAGCUUUGGAAGUUUAGCAUUGUUGUUUUUAUUUUUCUAGUAUUUUUGUUUUUAUUACAAAGAGAAGUAGGUGUUCAAGAUGCUAAACAUGAACCAGGGAUUGAACCAAUUGUGGGAAAGAAAAGUGAUGUACUAGGUUUCAUGUUAAAUGCUGUGAACAAUAUUAAAGGUGCAAAGCCAAAAAUGCAGAUAAAAGCACCUGUUAGGCAAACCAAUAUUCCUGGAGAGAGACACUGUUUGCCAGGACAUUAUACACUAGCAGAACUGAAACCCUUCUUAGAGCGACCUUCUCAGGACCCCAAUGCCCCUGGAGCUUCUGGUAAAGCAUUCAAAGCUAUCAAUUUAAGCCCAGAAGAGGAGAAGGAGAAGGAGCGUGGGGAUGAAAAACACUGUUUUAAUGCUUUUGCAAGUGACAGAAUUUCUUUGCACCGGGAUCUUGGACCAGACACUCGACCUCCUGAAUGUAUUGAGCAAAAAUUUAAACGUUGCCCACCACUGCCUAUUACAAGUAUCAUAAUAGUUUUUCACAAUGAAGCCUGGUCUACUCUGCUAAGAACUGUUCACAGUGUGAUGUAUACUUCCCCUGCCAUACUCCUAAAAGAAGUUAUUUUGGUGGAUGAUGCCAGUGUAGAUGAAUACUUGCAUGAUAAACUAGAUGAAUAUGUGAAACAAUUUCAAAUAGUUAAGAUAGUCCGACAAAAGGAAAGAAAAGGUCUAAUCACUGCAAGAUUAUUAGGAGCUUCAGUAGCAACAGGAGAGACGCUCACUUUUUUGGAUGCACAUUGUGAAUGUUUUUAUGGCUGGUUAGAGCCAUUGUUGGCACGAAUAGCUGAGAACUACACUGCUGUUGUAAGCCCUGAUAUUGCAUCCAUAGAUCUUAAUACUUUUGAAUUCAGCAAGCCUUCUCCUUAUGGACAUAACCAUAACAGAGGAAAUUUUGACUGGAGUUUAUCAUUUGGAUGGGAAUCUCUUCCUGAACAUGAAAAUAAAAGAAGAAAAGAUGAAACCUAUCCAAUUAGAACACCUACUUUUGCCGGAGGUCUUUUUUCAAUAUCGAAAGACUAUUUUGAAUAUAUUGGAAGCUAUGAUGAAGAAAUGGAAAUAUGGGGAGGUGAAAAUAUAGAAAUGUCUUUCAGAGUAUGGCAAUGUGGUGGACAAUUGGAGAUCAUGCCUUGCUCUGUUGUUGGCCAUGUCUUUCGCAGCAAGAGCCCCCAUACUUUUCCAAAAGGCACUCAAGUGAUCACACGUAAUCAAGUUCGCCUUGCAGAAGUCUGGAUGGAUGAAUAUAAAGAAAUAUUUUACCGGAGAAACAUAGAAGCAGCAAAAAUUGUGAAACAAAGCACAUUUGGAGACAUCUCAAAAAGACUUGAUUUAAGGCAGCGGCUACAGUGUAAAAAUUUUACUUGGUAUCUAAAUAAUGUUUAUCCUGAGGCAUAUGUACCAGACGUGAAUCCUCCAUUAUCUGGCUUUUUAAAAAAUGUAGGUAGACGUCUAUGUCUAGAUGUUGGCGAAAAUAACCAUGGUGGCAAACCAUUAAUUAUGUAUACUUGUCAUGGACUUGGGGGAAACCAGUACUUUGAAUACUCUGAACACUCUGAGAUUCGACAUAACAUUCAGAAGGAGCUCUGUCUGUAUGCUUCUCAAGGACCAGUGCAGCUUCGGGUCUGUAACUACAAAGGUCAAAAAACAUUCACCCCUGGAGAAGAGAAGUGGGAACUUCGAAAGGAUCAACUGUUGUAUAAUGCAGCAUUAAAUACAUGCCUAACAGGAAACGGAGAACAUCCAAGUUUGGUAUCAUGUAAUCCAUCAGAUCUAUUCCAAAAAUGGGUUUUUGGCCAAAACAAUUAAGUACAGCUACUUAUAAAUAGUAAAUAUUUUGUUAAAAGGAUACAUCCGCUUUGAUAAAAGGAUACAUCUGCCUUGUGAAAAGGAUAUAUCCACUUUAAAACUGUGACCAUAUAUGCACACUUCAUUUUUUAAAAUGAUGCAAAGCUAGCUAAUGUAAAAUAUUCCAAGAGUAAUUUUUUUUAUUUAAAAAAAGUAUAAAAUUGCACAGUUGCAAAGAUCCCUUAAGCGUCUGUGUAGAAAAUACCAAAGAAUAUUUUGAGGUCUCCACAGGUAGGAAAAAUGUUUACAAUAUGCUGGAAAUGUAAUUUCCACAAUAAGCUUAGCUUUUUAUAUAUGUUAACCACUGAUAUUGUAAUCUCCUCUAUUUUGGGAUAAAAUGUAGGGUUUUAUAUAUUCUCAUUUUGUAAUGACUGCAGAAAAACUGGUCAAUGAAGGUUAGGAGAUGGAUCUUCGUACAGUGUCUGGAAACUAUUGUGCCUUUAUAAGUGAUAAUACUGUUUUAGCAGUCAGUUGUUUGACUUUUCUGCUGACAGUUUCACUUAAAGAAAAGCAAAUGAGAAAAGAAAAAAUUAAAAACAUUCUUAGCACUUCUCUCUCCAAUUUUACACACUUAAAACAAUAUUUGGACCCAGAGAUGAAGCCAAUGGGAAAUCUUAACUCACUCAAUUUCUAGCACAUCAAUCUCUGAUGAAUACAAGAAAAAAAUCCUUCAGAAGUAUGUAAUUCAUAUAUUUUUAAAUGGAAAAUAUGUAUUGUCCUGGUAUUAAUGCUUUUUUUAAUUUGAAUCCAAUACACAUUACCAUUUUUGCCAGCAUUUGUCACAGAUUUCCUAAACUGAAGAUUUUUUUGUACUUGUCGGUUUUCAUAAAUUGCAGAACAUAAACCUACUAUUUGUUGCUAGCACUCUGUUCAUUACUGUUCUUUUAUUCAGUCAAUAAAUGUUACUGUUUUGUCUGCCUGUCUUAGUGAUUCAUGUAGUUUAUACUUUAUGGGUUUCUAAUGCCUGGAUGCAAUUCCUUUUAUGUUUUUCCCUUGAGUGUCUGAUUUCUGUUUU